AACAAUAAGGGAGCUCUCUGAAAGACCAUAAAGGAGUCCUAUAAACAAUAAAUACCAUCUGGAGAGUUGUCGAAGUGGUGGAUGGUGGAACAGGAAAUCUCCGUCCACAACCACGGCGACUCCACAUGGAAAGAAGGCAUGAACCACUUUGCUGACAUGACAGACGAUGAACGUCACUCCUUCCUUGGUCUGAACGUGACCAACGUUCAGAGAGUGGAGAAAAGAGAAUCUGAGGAAGAAGAAGGAUCAGACGAAAGAGCAGACGAUGAACCUCUUGCCAGGUCCUGGAUAACAGUUGGAGCGGUUACUGAGAUCAAGAACCAGGGAUCCUGUGGGUCCUGCUGGGCGUUUGGAGCCAUGGGAGCCCUAGAGGGUGCCUACAAGCUCAAGACUGGUGUUCUGCGAAACUUCGCAGAGGAGCAGAUGCUGGACUGUACCUAUUCGGAUAGAGAUGGUUGUGGUGGCGGGUGGAUGAGGGAUGGUGUGGUUUCAGUUCGAGUGGCUGGAAAGCUAGCUAGCACUGCUGAUUAUCCUUACCGAGGUGCUGAUGGUGCUUGCAGUUUAGAAGAAUAUCCCAACUCUAUGGUUGGUGCUGACGUAAGGGACUACGUUGAGAUAGAGGAGGGUGAAGUUCACACAAUCCGUGCUCUGUCUCUGAGACCCCUAGCAGUGACGAUCAAUGUCCGUGACUCCUUCUUCGCCUACACUUCCGGGAUUUACCGGGACAAUACCAGAACUAGUUUUCCGAACCACGCGCUGACCGCAGUAGCCUACACCGAACAGUACACCCUGAUUAAGAACUCCUGGGGAUCAGAGUGGGGAGAUGACCGUUUCAUUAAGGUUGCGAGAAACUACGAUGGGUGUUCUUUCCACAGGUUUGUAGGAUACGGGGUGCUUGCUAGGAUAGAAGGUAGGGAAGACAAUAACGAAUCAGACAGGGCGACUGACUAUAACGCUGGGGACGACGAGGGUCCUGGUCCUGAUCCUGAACCUUGUGUGGAGACUUUCACAGGUUGCAAAGAGAAGUUCUGCAAAUACUCGCUGAUAAAAGAGGCUUGUCCGAGAACAUGCGGAGACUGCGAUGACGAUGCCGAUGGAGACUGUCCUUCAGGAACCAUCCGUUGCGAUGAUGGGGUGUGCCGUCACGAGCACAUGUACAAAGUUCAGUUUUCUAAAGAUACACUUUUGGAAUGUCUUAAUUAUUUGAUUGAUAAUUCUUAUGUUACUUAUCAGGGUCAAAUUUAUAUAUUCGACACUUAA